UGAGAAGUUUAAAUAGGUACUAGCAUACCUGUGUGCACUGUCGCAUUCAUUAAAUGAAAAUAGAAUUCAAUAAAAACGGUAGAAUAAGGUCGGGAAAUAAGAUAAAAAGCAUGAAAUAUCUACAGUUGACAAGCGAAAAAAUGCUAGCGGAGUAGAGAUUUACGCGCUUGUUAUAAGUACAUCAGUUAGGUAAAAUAUAGGCUUAAAUAACUUCUACCUAUUCAAUUUACCUGUAAAAAGGAAUUUCGAAUUGUUUACAUUUUGGCCAAAUAAAGCCAAUCCUCUGUAUAUAGUUGUAUGAAAACAGUGUUGGACAUAAAGCUGCAUGAAUUAAAGGGACAAAAGAGGUUAACGUUAAUAUAAUAAGAUGGUGUACAGGUAUUUUCGUUAAUAAGUCAUUAAGUUGACGGAUUAGUAUAUACUUUUCGACAUGGAUUAUUUGUAAUGGGAUUUGUUAAACAAACCUACUUUAUGCAUGUUUUCGUUUUGAUGUGCAAAGCUGGAUUUAUAUUCAAGGUUAUGAUUUAUACGUGAUCAUAUAAGCAUGAACUUUUUUUAAAAAGAAGUUUGAUAAUAAUCGUGUAGUUUCACACGGUAAACACAUGGAUGUUCGUUUAAGUAUGAACCACAAAAAAAAGAUGUACGCAAUUCGAGGAAAUAUACAUGUGUAUGACAAUGAAUAAUUACAAAACGUGCGAAUAAGGAUAGUUAAAUAUCCGCGAUCUUGCUAAUUUAUUGGCGUUCUUAAAUAGCUGUUAGAAGUUUCACAUCUUUAAAGCAUGUGAUUCGCGUUUCUUGCAGCAAGACAGGAAAAAAAUGUCUUCUCACAAUUUUUGGAUUUAUGUAGUUUCACUUCUGUUACAUUGCUUUUCCGCCGACGGUGACGUCGACCAGUGCCCGGGAUUGACUUUGUCUAUAAAUCCCGAUGCCGACGUAAAAUUCUCUGUGAUAAUCACAAUAAGACAACCUGUCGAAGAAAAAUGUGGCAGUAAAAUCUCACCGUCGGCAAUUCAAAAUAUAGCCGCUAUGAAGUGGGUAGUUGAUAGAAUGAACGCAAACAAUUUCACAGAAGGAGUCAAAAUAGGUUUCGAUGUUUUCGAUGACUGUGGUAUCCCUAGAAACACGAUGGCCCGGGCCCUAGAUAUCCUAGAUGGGCCUAUUCUCGGUACAGAAGAAUGUAAAAAUAGUCGUACAACAACAUGCAAUAUCGGUAUAAUUGGAGCGUCAAACAGCAUUACGACCGAAGCCAUGCUUUACGCCCUUCGUGGAAGCCAGCUCCCUGUCAUUGGACCUUUUGCAACUUAUUAUAACUUGACGAGAUACUCUAACUACUACAGGACAGUGCCUACAGAUCUUCAACAAAUUCAGGCGACAGCCAAGGUUCUUCAUCAGCUUGGACUGACCUACGUUGCUGUUGUGCAUACUGAUGAUGAUUAUGGGAGAUACAGUGCGAUGAAACUGAAAGAAAUUAGCAAAGCCAGUGGCGUAUGUGUAGAUAGCAUACAGGCGAUAACAGAAGGACGGCGUAUUAAUCAAUCCAUGCUCAAACAACAACGAAAGAAAACAAAACAUAAUUCUUUGCGUGUUGUAUAUUUCGGUAGAAGAGACAUCUACCACAGUAUGCAAAUAGAGCUUAGCUACUCGCAGUCAGAGAUGUUCAACAUCAGCUGGAUCGUUGUCGAACACCCAGAAGACGUUUCAACGCCAUUUGAUUCAGCAAGCGGACUAGAAAACGGGACAUACAUAAUAUCGCCUUUAGUAAAUAACGUGCAAGUUGUAAAUGAAUAUUUGGCAGAUAAGUGGAGUAAAGCUAAACAGCCGACAGACGAUCUAGAACGGUUGAUAAACUGUUCAGGGGAAAGGGAAGUGCCUAACGUCUUUCAUAAAGACAUUGCAUCAACUAUUGACUCCGUGUUUGUGUUUGCCUCAGCUCUGCAGAGAAAAACCAAAUUGUACUGUACAAGUUCGAUUUGUGAUGUUUUAAGAGAAAAUUUCAAAUUAAACGAUGUUCAGCGCUACCCUGUAACGUACAAAGAUAUUAAUGUGAAUAUAACAGUGGAGGAGUUCUCUGAUGGUGACAGGCAGACAAAUUUUAAUAACAAUGGGGACUUUCUUCCAAAUGAAGAAAUGUCAUUGUAUGAUAUCAUAUUUGUUGCAAGCCAGAAUAAUUACACAAAGAUUGGGGAUUUUCGCAACAAUUCUGUUAGCUUGAGAAGUUCACACAGGAACAGUUUAGACACGAUGCCAUCGUCAAUAUGCAACACAGAAUGUGAAAUAUGUGAGAACAAACCAGACAUCUCCUUCGCCUUCCUGGAUGGUGAUACGUUCAUACUUGGUGUGUUCGCCGUCCACGAGACCGACCCAAAUGAUCCUUUCAAGUGUUCCAAUUUUCGCACAUCCCAAAUGGACGUUGUCAUUAUUGAAUCGUUUCUAUACAGUGUGCAACAAAUGCGAAACGACACUGGUAUAAAGUUUGGUGCCAUUGCUAUCGAUGAUUGUUACAGCUCUGCGCAAACUGAGCUGGUUCUAAGUCAGAUAUUAUCAGGGGAAGUAACUCUAACAAACCCUUAUACCGGAAGUAGAAUUGAAGUUGAAAGAAUCGCUGCUGCGGUUAUGACAGUCAGCAGCUCUGUCACAAUACCAGUCGGUUUACUCAUGACCGAGAAAAAAAUUCCAGUGAUUUCUGCUUCAGCAUCAUCCCCGGAUUUAGACGAUAGAAUAAAUUUUCCGUAUUUUCUACGGACAGUUCCGAGUGAUGUCGAACAAGCCCGGGCUAUGAUAAGCAUCAUUAAACGAAUGGGUUGGAGUUAUGUCAGUCUGUUAUACGUAGAGAACAAUUACGGUAGCAAAGGGAAAGAAGUGUUUGUAAGACUUGCAAAUGAAAGUGGUAUUUGUAUUGCUGAUCCUCCGGAAGGAAUUAGUGACGUCAACGACGACAAUUCGGACAGUGAACUUAUAAGUGUGUUUUCAAGGAUGAUAAAUCAAAGGGCGGACAUCGUAGUUUAUUUUGGAACGGAAUCUAGGAUAGCACACUUUUUAAAAGUGAUGAAUAGCAGAAAUGAAAGGGAUGAAUUUAUUUUUCUUGCAAGUGAAGACUGGGGCGAUAGACAGUACAUCCUAAAUAUUGGACAACGCCGGACUCUUGGUAGUGUUACUUUAAAGAAUGAAGUAGAAAGUUUAGCAGACGGACCGUUAGCAAACCACAUACGGAGUUUAAGUCCAGAUAGCAUUUCAAGCUACAGAAAUCCAUGGUUUGUAGAAUAUUGGGAAGAAAACUUUGAGUGUGAUCUUCCACUUAGUUUUAGGCAUAAAUAUAAUAAGAUAUGUGACAACACAGUCAAAUUUUCAAACGACGAUAUAACUGACUUUGUGGAAGACCAUAGGAUAGUUCAUACUGUGGUAGCUGUUCAGGCGUUAGCACAUGGACUUAAAAUGUCCCAGGAGGAAUUCUGUAAUCCGAACUUACCACAAGGGAAUACAUUUCCGUGUCAGAAAUAUUUCCAGUAUAUACCGGAUGUUGUGAAAUACAUCCGGGAAGUUGAGAUACCACGUGCCGGAAGUAAUGUCAGAGUGUUCAGAGAUGACGGAAAUGGCAACAUUGGCUUUAAGAUCAACAACGUCCAAGAAGAGUCUGAAAACAACCUGGAAUAUAAAACGGUUGGUUCCUACGAAGGUCAGCUGACACUACAGGUAGACAAAAUGAAAUUUUAUCAAAAUAUCGACGGUGCUUGCUUCAGUACUCUCUGUGGACACUGUACAAACUCCUCCUUCACACGACCAGUUACCAUAGCAACGACAACACACAUGCACCCUGAGACGGAGGAGUUCUCGGUCCCUGACUAUACUAUCAUAGGGAUCCUAGGGUUUCUGUUUGUCGUGAUAAUGGUUAUGAGUAUAAUCAUAAUCUGUUACUUCAAACGACGAAUAGUGGAAUUAGAAAGACAGCUGAAGGAGACAAAAUAUGAAAUAAGGACUGGUUAUGCUUUGCACAAUGGAUCGGCUUUUUCACAUGCUAACACAACGUCGUUAACCUACCCGGACCUUAAAUUCGCAAACACAAGCCCCAGUGGUGAUACCAUGUAUGAAUGGAGAAAAGCACAAAACGUUCUAAAUGGUGGGAAUAGCAAGUAUUCACAAUCUAACGGUGGAGUUAUAAAUCAAGGAUUUGUCGGCAGUGAAAUGUAUCUGCAUGCGACCCAUGAUGACGACGAAAAUCUGCAAAGUUCUUCAUCAGGAAAUUACAAUGCAAGUCCGCGUGGACACGUGUCCAAUUCAGAUCAAUUAAAUUCAGUUUCAGAUUCACCUACUUAUAGACCUCCUUCCAGCAGUUAUGGAUUAACAUCUCACAGCAGUUUCAAAAAGCCCGCGGAUUAUAAUCACAAUGGCCAAAUAAAAAAGCAGCCGCGUACUCAGCUUGCUGUUCCUCCUUGUAGACCGGAACUUCCGCCACGUGACCCGGAACAGCAGCGCGCGCAUGCUCAAAGACCAAACGGGUUUACAGACAAAUUUGACCAUUUGUCUUCAGCAGUGCCAAAGGAAAAAGUGCGAAAAGUCCGAAGUAGUCCGCGAAGGACUGUGUCACCACCGUCAUUUAAACACAACCCAUCCACGGGUGAAAACUCACGGUACAGGGAUACAAACAUUGCAGACAGCUCAAAAUACAAUGGGUCUCCCGCGAAUAUGACUUUCUCAGAUUCUAAAAUGGCUUCACCAGAUAUGGCUAAUUUGGCAGGUUCCAUUGAAAAAAUAUCGCGUGUGUAGAGUACACAGUAUCUGGUUAAUUAAUAUGAAUCUCAUUUUAUAGGUGUUUUGUGAUUGGUCACGUGAAAGUUUAUCACAGGAGUUUAGAAUGUGAUAACAAUAAAUGGUGAUACCCCGGUGCGUACCAAAAAAAAAAAAACUUGAUAAGGCAUUAAAAUGUGCUUUUCUCAUCUGACAUUGUACGCAGUACGUGUUCGUAUGAAAGACCCUGAUACUUGCAUAUAAUAUUCCUACUGCAAAGUGUUUUAUAGUUGGUGCAGAAAGGAGACUCACUUUUAUUUGAAAAGGUUGAAAGAUAUUGACGAUUUCGUGUCCAACUAUUCUACUGCAGCCAGUCGUCCAUUCUUGCAUACCAGAGGUCUUCCAUGGUUCCUGCGAUUUUGACGAGCCUCUAAUGGAUGAGAAUGCCAGUUUUUAAAUGUUGGGAUGUAAAAAAUGUUCACAGCGCAUACCGAGGUUUGUGUAUCUCGGCGAAUAAAAACACUGUCCCGAUUGACUGCCAUAUUAUUGUACUCUGUACGAUUUAUGAUAACAUUUAUAUAAAUUGUUAUUACCGUUAUUGUUUCUGUGUAUUUUAUGAAAUAUUUAAAAGUACAUUAUAGCUUUAUAUAUAUUAAAAUAAUAUAACUACUGAA